AAAUAAGUUAAAUCCAACUCGGCUUCCGUACACAGCGUGGCUUUUAAUGACAUUGUUUUACGAAAGACGUGAUUUUGAUACAUUUUGAAGAUGUUAUUCAGCUCUUUAUCCAGAAUAAUUACAAGAGAAGCCUUAAAGGUUAGAAGUGGUCGGUAUGUUCAGUCCUUGCACACAGGGUGUCAGCUCCUGGCUGCUGAUAAAUCCCUCCUGAUUAAACUGCGCAAAAGAACCGGUUACACCUUCAUUAACUGCAAGAAAGCGCUGGAGAAGUUUGAUAAUGACGUGACACAGGCCGCGUCGUGGCUGCAUGAGCAGGCCCAGAAGGAGGGCUGGACUAAAGUCAGCAAGCUGGAGGGUCGAGAGGCCAAAGAGGGUCUGAUCGGUCUGUUUGUGGAAGACAGAGAUGCUGUUAUGGUGGAGGUAAACUGUGAAACAGACUUUGUUGCUCGCAAUGAGAAGUUCCAGCAGCUGGUUAAGGAUGUGGUAUAUUCCACUUUGGCUCAUCACCGGAGUCAAACCCAAAACCAAGAAGGAUAUGUAAAGUCUGUCCUGAAUGAUGGUGAGUUAGGUCAACUCAGUGUGGGGGAAGGAGCCUCACUCGCAGACCAGGUGGCCCUCACAAUAGGGCGCCUUGGUGAGAACAUGAUGCUGAAGCGGGCGGUGAUGGUCGGAGUUCCUGCUGAGUGGCACAUUGGCUCUUAUGUACACAAUGCCAUGAGUGGACACAGUGAUGUGGCCAUGGGGCGGUACGGCGGUCUGGUCAUCUUUCAGAGCAGUCUGGAUGGACAACAGGAGACUUUAGGUCGAAAACUGGCACAGCACAUAGUGGGAGAGGCCCCUGUGUCCCUGGGCAGCAAAGACGACCUGCCGUGUGGCGACAGUGAGACCCGUUUGCUGCCUCAGACAUUCCUGUCAGAUCCCAGUAGAACUGUGGCCCAGUUCCUCACAGAGAACCAAGCUCAAGUCCUGGAUUUCGUACGAUUUGAGUGUGGUGAGACAGGCUGUGGUGGAACAGAAUGAAGAUCUGGACAGAAUUUACUCACGAUAGUCAUGAUUUGUCAUGUCCUUCUAUUUCUAAGGAAUAGGAAAUCGGAAAGAAUCAACAGGCCUCCGUACCAGCACACUGUUGGUGUGUGAUGAAAUGGACAUCCUAAUACAUUGUGUUUGUCUGAAUUUUGUCAUAAUUAUAUUUCAUAGGCUGUAAAGUCUAUUGAAGGUCAUUAUUGACACUUGUGGAAAGAUGUGCUGAAAUGCGCCCCCCCCCCGAGCA